AUGAAGUGGAUAACUAAAAUUGCUUAUGGCACUGGCCAAAUGCUUAAAGAUCUUGUCGCUGGAGUUAUCAGUAUAUUCUACAUUGUAUUUUAUGAAGGGUGUAUUAGUUUAAGCAGCUCACAGGUUGGCGCCCUAUUACUAGCUGGUCAGAUUGCUAAUGGUUUAGCCACACCAUUAAUCGGUUUUCUAUCAGAUUAUCGUGUCAGUUCAAAUAAGCUGCUCUCCAACAACAGUAAUGAUCAAGUGAAUACAUCUAAUAAUGAAAAGGCAAUAAAAGAUAAAAGAUUUCUCAGUCGAAUGAAACGUCAGUUAAGACUUGGAAGAAGAAAAUCAUGGCAUCUCGGUGGAUGUGUUUUAAUGCUUAUUGCAUUUCCACUCAUGUUUGGCCAGCCUUUAUUGUGUGAAACAACCAUGUACCAUAUUUUAAGUAUAUGA